UUAUGACUGAAAUCAACGCAGUUCAGAAUCGGAACAGAGACUUUGCACGCGUAGAGCAACAUUAUUAAUUGCUUGUGCAGCGGGGAGCGGGCAGCUGGGUACUGUAGGAGAAUUAACACACUGCUAAUGCCAAGCGACAGAGCAUCCCCAGCUCAGCCGGCGCCGGCCAGUCCCUGCGGCCCACAGCUCCGAAUUAUUCACUUUAAUUGAAGACUGCAGAACGACCCGUCGGCCCCUCUCUGAUUCGCCGCCCUGUGCCGGACUCAGCCCUGAGGGAGAACGGGGAUCCCACCGGAGCAGAACAGGAGGCAGAUCCCCACCCCACAACCCCCAGCACACCGGUGCGCAUCCACCGCGAGAAAGAGCCGAGGCAGAGACACGGUCAGCAGACUGGGACGAGCACCAGCACCGACUCCUCACACCGGGACGAGCACCAGCACCGACUACGCAGACCGGGACCAGCACCAGCACCGACUCCACGGACCGGCCGGCGCGUGCUCCUGAGAGUGGGAGUGGCACGGGCUUUGUGCUGCGGAGCGCGCGUGCUCCGUGGACCGGGCGCCGCGCGUGGAUGCUGAGCUGUGCCCGUGAUGCUCUUCUGGCUGAGAGAGGAAGAAAUGUCUCUUCAGGAGCUGCGGGAGCGCUUGGACAGCGUCAUCACCCAUGUCGACGAGAUCAUGCAGCAGGAGAUCCGGCCUCUCCUUGCCGUGGACAUCAUCGAGCAGCUCCACCGCCAGUUCGCCAUCCUCUCAGGAGGCAGAGGAAAAGAUGGAGCCCCAGUCAUCACGUUCCCCGAGUACUCCGGGUUCGGCGACCUCCCUGAUGAAGACUUUCUGAAUGUCGUCACAUAUCUGACCAGCAUACCUAGCCUGGAGGCAGCCAGCAUUGGCUUCAUUAUAAUCAUCGACCGGCGGAGAGACAAAUGGAGCGCUGUGAAAGCGUCGCUGACGAGGAUCGCAGGGGCGUUUCCAGGGAACCUGCAGCUGGUUCUGGUUCUCCGACCCUCUCGCUUCUUACAGAGAGCCAUCGCCGACAUUGGAAUCAGGCUCCACCGGGAUGACUUUAAAAUGAAGGUACCGAUCGUCAUGUUGAACUCGGUUUCCGAACUGCACGGCUACGUGGAUAAAGCCCAGCUGACGGCCGAGCUGGGGGGCAGCCUGGAGUACUGCCACAACCAGUGGAUCCACCACCGGACGGCCAUCGAGAACUUUGCUGUGACAGUGAAGAGCACGGCGCAGGUGCUGCAGAAGUUCGGCACCGAUCUGGCGGAGACGGAGCUCCCGAAUGAGGUGCAGAGCACCGAGGCCCUCCUGGGCUCCCACACCGAGAAACACAACAAGCUGAAGGAUGAGUUGAAAGUGGCAAUGAAACAAGGGACCACACUGCUCUCCUGUAUUAAGGAACAAGCAACCAAAAAUGCAAACUACAAGCUCAACCCCGAUGAGCAGGAGAAUGUAGCAACGGUGGAAAGGUUGUUGGCGCAGCUGGAUGAGACAGAAAAUGCUUUUGAACAAUUUUGGUCUAAACACCAUCUGAAACUUGAACAGUGCUUGCAGUUACGUCAUUUUGAACAAGACUUUCGCGAGGUAAAAGUGGCUUUAGAUGGUCUAAUGGAAACCCAGGCUGCUUUCACAGACAUAGGAGACUCUGUGUCUCACGUGGAACAGCUUCUGAAGGACCUGAAGACAUUAGAGGAGAAAGCACAGGAAUGCUUGGAAAAAGCACAGCUGUAUGCAGUGCGCGGAGACCAGCUCAUCCAGAGCAAUCAUUACGCUGUGGACUCCAUCAGGCCGAAGUGUGUGGAGCUCAGGAGGAUCUGUGACGACUUUACUAACGAGGCGAAAAAAAAGUAUGACAUACUGGGAAAGUCCCUUGAAAUCCAUAAACACAUGGACAAGGUGCGGCAGUGGUGUGACUCCGGCGUCUACCUCCUGGCCUCUCAACAAGUGGACAAGUGCCAGUCGCAGGAAGGGGCAGAAGCUGCUCUGAACGAUAUCGAAGCGUUCCUCGAGACGGCUAAAGAGAGCGACGUGGGCGGCCUGAAGGACCUUCACAAUCAGCACGAGAUCAUCCUCACUCCCGCCGUCAAGGGCAACGUCCUGAAAACCCUGCAGAUGUUGGAAGACGUGCAGGAAAUGUUUGAGAAAAGACAGGCCAGCCUGAAGAAGCUGUCGGCCAAGCAGACACGGCCUGUGCAGCCUGUGGCUCCUCGGCCAGAGUCGUCCCCGAAGCGCUCCUCUCCAAAGACGUCCAGGACAAGCGGACCCACACCAAAUCGCAGAGUUUCGGACACCUCCAGUAUACCCAGAGCACCCACUGAAGCAGACAUAGCGAAACGGAAAAAUGUCCGAAAAACGAAAGGAGGAAUUAAGAUCGAGGUCAUGCACGAAGCCAGCCAGGGGGGCACCAGCCAUGUCCUGAUGACCAACGAGACAGAGGAGAGCUUGUCCAGCCGCCGGAGGCACAUUAUGCAUGAGCUGAUAGAGACUGAGAGACUCUAUGUAGAAGAACUGCAGAGCAUCAUUGAGGGUUAUGCUGCAGAACUGGACAAUACAGAGCUAUCCCAUCUCAUUCCCACUGCUCUGCACCAGAAGAAAGAAGUGCUGUUUGGCAAUCUCUCAGAGAUCUAUGAGUUUCACUAUAGGACAUUUCUGAAAGAACUGGAAAAUUGCAUAGAAAGUCCCGAAUUAGUAGGAACCUGCUUUCUGAAAAGGAAAGAAGAUCUGCAGAUUUAUGAGAAGUACUGUCAGAACAAGCCAAAGUCUGAGGCCCUGUGGAGACAGCAUGGAGACAGUCCCUUCUUUCAGGAAUGCCAGAAAAAACUGGACCACAAGCUUUCUCUGGAUGCCUACUUACUGAAGCCUGUCCAGAGGAUCACCAAGUACCAGCUGAUGUUAAAGGAAAUGCUGAAGUGCAGCUCAGAGGGAACAGUGGAACUGGAAGAGGCCUUGGCCACUGUGCUGGACAUUAUAAAGUCAGUCAACGAUUCCAUGCACCAGAUCGCCAUCACAGGAUUUGAGGGGAACCUGAAUGACCUGGGCAAGCUCCUCAUGCAGGGCUCCUUCAACGUGUGGACGGACCACAAGAAGGGCCACAACAAGGUGAAGGACCUGGCGCGGUUCAAGCCCAUGCAGAGACACCUCUUCCUGUACAACAAGACGCUGCUGUUCUGCAAGAAGCGCGAGGAGGCCUCCGAAGGGCACGAGAAGACCCCCUCGUACAGCUACAAGCACUCGCUGAAGAUGAGUGCUGUUGGCAUCACGGAAAAUGUGAAGGGGGACAACAAGAAGUUCGAGGUGUGGUACAGUGGCAGAGAAGAGGUCUACAUUAUCCAGGCCCCCUCCAUGGACGUGAAGAAUCUGUGGGUGUCGGAGAUCAGGAAGGUGCUGACUGGCCAGCUGGAAGCCUGCCGAGAGGCCAGUCACCUGCACCAGAGGAUCACCGAGAAUGUUUACCACGCUCCGAUGAACACGCCCAACGCCAGAAAAAUUAGGAAAUCGGCUUUCAAGCAGGACAGCGUUAAGUCGGAGUCCUCCAGCCCGGAAAGUGUGAGCCGGAGGAGUGGUCUCGCCAGUCCCGGAACCAGGCAGAAGAGAGCCGAUGCCUCCGCCAGUCAUAAUCUUGAGCGUUCCGCUCUUGCUAAAAAGCGCUUCACAUUGCAGGGUCUUUCCAACCGCAGGCCUCAAGCUCAAGAAUCCCAGCCUAAGGAGGCAGAUGGCACACGCCGCUUCUCCUUAGCGUCCUCUAUCAGUGCCUCAGCUACUAGACGCACAAAAGGCCCCCUAGCCUCUAGCCUAAAAGCUAAGAGGCAUGAGAUAAAGAGUGACCCCACCCCGCUGGGGUAUGAAGAUACUUUGCGUGACGCUAUCCCUUCUGAAAGCAAGCGUCACAGCACUGCGAGUACAAACUCUGCUGUGCCUAGAUCUGCCUCCCAAACAGGGUGGACCAGUAGGCAUAUUUCUUCAGCGGACACCUACGAAGAUUUUGAAACUAUCCUCUCCAGUACAGAGGAACUGUCCAACUCUUCGGAUGCAGAGGAGCCCAACAGUAAAAAUGGGGACCCUGCUCUUUUUCAAGUUCAGCUGACAUACGAGGCGAAAACAUCGGAGGAGCUGUCUCUGGAGUCGGGAGAUUUAGUGCAGUUUCUGGAGGAAGCAGAGAACCGACACUGGCUAGUCAAGACCCUUUUAACUGAGAAGACAGGUUUGGUUCCGUCCAGCAUAUUGCUGUCUGCAGGAGGAGUUCACAUAAACAGUAAUACUGGUUGGAACGAAACCCAGAAGACAACAGGCCCUCCAGGAGCUGAGCCCGAGACCCCGCUUGAGUCAGAUUUUUUCAGCGACAUGUGCACGGCCGCUCUCGCCGACACGGAAGAGAAGGAAAGCGAGCGCGCGGGACAGAUGGCGACGGAGUUGAGGGCUGGGAGUUGAAACCGAGGGGAUUCUCAGUCGUCUUUCAGCUUCUGGCUUUCUUGUGUGCCACGCGGGUCUGGAGCUUGCAGGCUGCCUUCAAUCCGCCCUCCCAGAGGAGUCCUCUAGCGGAAGCUGCUUUGCUUAUUGUAACUAAAGG